CCACCAAAAUGGACAGCAUUAGAGAAUGUCCUUCAAGAAAUACGAAAUAAUGGCAAAAAUUCUCAACAAUCUUCAACGUCCUCUUCGUCAUGCACCAAUUCAUCAUCGUCGAUUUCGAAAGGUAAAACACCAAUACUGGUGUUGACGGAAAGUUACGAAGUAAGUCGCCAAUUACGCGAUCUGAUCAAAUGGGGUCGAAAGAAGUUCGCAUGGGUUCAGAGGUGUCAAAUAGCCGAGGAUUUACCGUCAGCUAAAGGUGCCGCAAAAGAGCCACAGUCUGCACCAUUAUGGGAUCCUACGCAAAUCACAUUAUUUGUAUCUACACAAGAGGUGCAUUUUUUAUUCAUCGAGUUCUUUCUGAUCUGUUGA